AUGACCAAUGCAGAACGAGCGAUAUUUCUAGUGAUUCAACAGGAAGCGUUCGGCGACUUGAAGAAAAACCUACAGUCAGGAUCAUCAAAACGGCAUAGUUAUUCGAACUUGGCUCCGUUUAUUGGACUCGAUGGGCUCAUCCGUGUAGGAGGACGAUUGAAGUAUUCAGCUAUUCCCUACGACGGGAAGCAUCAGGUAUUACUACCGGAGCGACACUAUGUAACAGAAGCAUUAAUCCGCAGACUACACGAAGAACAUCACCAUGUCGGUCAAGGAGGAUUAUUAGCGAUUGUUCGUGAACGUUAUUGGCCUCUUAGGGCCAAAUCAGCCAUCAAACGGAUCCUCUCGGGCUGCCAGAUCUGUGCCAAACAUCGACCUACUUUCGGCAAGCAGAUUAUGGGCGACCUUCCGGAGCAUCGUGUCACACCGGCACCCGUAUUCUCGAAGGUUGGAGUAGACUAUGCUGGACCCUUUCUACUGAAGCCUGAGGUGAGAAGCACGAAAUCGUUCAAGGCGCGUGGCAUUCCGUCCGACAUAUUUUCUGACAAUGGGACUUCAUUUGUCGGGGCCAACCACGAGCUGGCAGCUUUGAAUAGCUUGUUCAAUGGUCAACUGCAUCAGGGCAAGCUGGGUGAGUUUUGCGCGACAAAGGGAAUUACGUGGCACUUCAUCCCUCCAAGAAGUCCUCACUUCGGGGGCAUAUGGGAGGCAGGAGUCAAAUCGCUCAAAUAUCACAUGAAACGAAUUAUCGGCGAAACUCGAUUGACGACGGAAGAAAUGAACACUUUUCUGGCCCAAACUGAAGCGAUUUUGAAUUCUCGUCCUUUGAGUGCGAUGUCAGAGGAUCCUAGCGAUAUGGGAAUUUUGACGCCUUCCCACUUCCUAAUUGGGCGAUCGGCGGUCGCCAUUGUAGGAGAUGACGACGUGAGGCGCAGCAUGCCAUGA